CGUCCGCAUCUAGGGAUUCCUCUCUCCCGGAGCGCCGCCGCCGCCGCCGCCAUGGGCUCCGGCGACGAGGCCACCACCUCCAAGCACCACCGCCGCGACAAGGACAAGGACAAGGACCGCGACCGCUCCUCCUCCCGCCACCACCACCGCGACAAGGAGAAGGACCGCGAGCGCGAGCGCGAGCGCUCUUCCUCCUCUCGUCACCACCAUCACCACCGCGAGGACAAGGACGUGGAGAGGGAGAGGGACCGGGACCGCCACCACAGGGACAAGGAACGGGAUCGCGAGGAGCGCAAGGCGCGGGGGCGGGAGAAGGAGAAGGAGAAGGAGAAGGAGAAGGAGAAGGAGAAGGAGAAGGAGAGGGAGCGGGCGCGGCGGCGGGAGGAGAGGGGCCGCGAGGAGUCCUCGCGGUCGAGGAGGCGGGGGGCGGACGAGGGGGAGGAUGAGGGAGAGGAGGAGGACCGCCACCGGAAGCGCCGCCGCCGGUCCUCCGGCCACCACCAUGACUCGGAGACGGAGGCGGCGGGGCCGUCCUCGGCGGCCGCCAGGGAGGUUGAGGAGGAGGUGGAUGAGGAGGAGGCUGAGAGGCGGCGUCAGAAGAGGAAGGAGGAGGAGCAGAAGCGGCUCGACGAGGAGAUGGAGCUCCGCCGCCGCCGUGUCAAGGAGUGGCAGGAGAUGAAGCGGCUCGAGGAGGAGGCAAAGCGCCUCGAGCAGGAGGAGGAAGCCAGAGCUGGCGAUGGCGCUUCUACCGCUGCCGCUACUACCACUGCAGAGGCCAACGGCGAUGGCGAUGCCAAUGCUGGGAAGAAGUGGACUUUGGAUGGGGAGGAGUCGGAUGAGGAGGGGAGCAAGGAGGAUGCCGAAAAGACACAAGAUAGUGGUGGUGUCACUACCGAUUUGCCGAAUGUGGUCAAUGACGCAAAUGGCGCCGCUGCUAUGGAGGAGGAUGACAUUGACCCGCUCGAUGCAUUCAUGAACUCUAUGGUGUUGCCAGAGGUUGCAAAGCUGGAGACUGUUGUGGCAUCAAUGGGAAGCACGCCUGCUGCCAACAUGGAUGACAAGAAUGGUAAGAGUACUGUGAGCAAUGGGGAUAAGAAAGUGCCAAAGAAGGCAAUGGGGAGAAUUAUGCAAGGGGAUGAUUCGGACUCUGAUUAUGAUGAUGACGAGGAUGACGAGGGUGGAUCCGAAGAUGAGGAUGAUGAGGAGUUCAUGAAACGUGUCAAGAAGACAAAGGUAGAAAAGCUGGUAAUAGUCGACCAUUCGAAGAUUGACUACCAGCCAUUCCGGAAGAAUUUCUACAUUGAGGUGAAGGAUAUCACAAAGAUGACAGGCGAGGAAGUGGCUGCCUACAGGAAGAAUCUGGAGCUCAAGGUGCAUGGUAAAGAUGUGCCCAAGCCAAUAAAAACUUGGGUGCAGAGUGGGCUGACCAGCAAGCUCCUCGACACCAUUAAGAAGCUUGGUUUUGAGAAACCGAUGCCUAUACAGGCACAGGCAUUACCUAUCAUAAUGAGUGGGCGUGAUUGUAUAGGAAUCGCAAAGACUGGAUCAGGCAAGACUUUAGCGUUUGUCCUGCCAAUGCUGAGGCAUGUGAAAGACCAGCCACCUGUUGUGCCUGGAGAUGGCCCUAUUGGGCUCAUUAUGGCUCCCACCAGAGAGCUCGUGGUGCAGAUACAUUCAGACAUAAAGAAGUUCUCGAAGGCACUUGGCAUCAAUUGUGUACCUAUCUAUGGAGGUUCAGGGGUUGCCCAGCAGAUCAGUGAACUAAAGAGGGGUGCUGAAAUUGUUGUUUGUACACUGGGCAGGAUGAUCGAUAUCCUUUGCACCAGCAGUGGGAAAAUCACUAACCUUCGGAGAGUUACAUUCUUGGUGAUGGAUGAAGCUGAUAGGAUGUUUGAUAUGGGCUUUGAGCCUCAGAUUACUCGGAUAGUACAGAAUACACGCCCAGAUAGGCAGACAGUUCUUUUCUCUGCUACUUUCCCUCGGCAAGUGGAGAUACUGGCACGUAAGGUGCUGACAAAGCCUGUUGAGAUCCAGGUGGGAGGAAGGAGUGUUGUCAACAAAGAUAUCACACAACUGGUUGAGGUACGACCAGAAAACGAGAGGUUCUUGAGGCUGUUGGAGCUGCUUGGAGAGUGGUUCGAUAAAGGCAAAAUUCUUGUUUUUGUCCACUCUCAAGAUAAAUGCGAUUCUCUACUCAAAGACUUGUUUCAGCGUGGAUAUCCAUGCCUAUCUUUACAUGGUGGAAAAGAUCAAACUGACCGUGAAUCAACUCUUGCUGAUUUCAAGAGCAAUGUAUGCAACUUGCUGAUUGCUACCAGUGUUGCAGCUAGGGGUUUAGAUGUGAAGGAGCUUGAGCUGGUUGUGAAUUAUGAUGUCCCUAACCAUUAUGAGGACUAUGUUCAUCGUGUUGGGCGAACUGGUCGUGCUGGCAGGAAGGGCUUUGCUGUCACUUUUAUUUCUGAGGAAGAGGAGCGGUAUGCACCAGAUCUUGUCAAGGCUUUGGAGCUCUCUGAACAGGCUGUUCCAGAGGACUUGAAAGGCCUAGCUGAUCGUUUCAUGGCAAAGGUGAAGCAGGGAACAGAGCAGGCCCAUGGAACAGGGUAUGGCGGAAGUGGUUUCAAGUUCAACGAAGAAGAGGAUGAAGCACGGAGAUCUGCAAAGAAGGCUCAGGCAAGGGAAUAUGGAUAUGAGGAGGAUAAGUCAGAUUCAGAUUCUGAUGAGGAAGGAGGGGUUCGUAAGGCUGGAGGUGACGUUGCAGCACAAGCUAUUGCUGCUGCCCAAGCUGCUGCUGCUUUGGCUGCAGCCAAGGCUGCUAGUAAUGCCAACCAGCAAGUACCAGGCACCAAUGCAGGGUCCUUGCUUUCUAUACCCGUUGUAGCCAAUGCUCCAAAUAAUGAGGCCACAGCACGUGCACUUCAGGCUGCAUUGAACAUUCAGCAAAAUUUGGCACGGAUACAGGCACAUGCAGUCCCAGAACAUUAUGAGGCUGAACUUGAGAUUAACGAUUUCCCACAAAAUGCGCGUUGGAAGAUCACUCACAAAGAGACUUUGGGUCCUAUUCAGGAUUGGACUGGAGCAGCGGUCACUACAAGGGGAACAUAUAUUCCACAAGGGAAAAUUGUUGGUGCAAAUGAGCGCAAGCUGUACCUGUUCAUUGAGGGACCCACGGAAUUAUCCGUCAAAAAGGCAAAAGCAGAAUUAAAACGUGUCCUUGAGGAUUGUGCCAAUCAUGCUCUGAACCUUCCUGGUUCUGUCCAAACUGGAAAGUACUCUGUUAUUUGACCUGCAGAGCUGUUAACAAACCGACUACUUAUCAAAGAUGUAGUUUUUUCUCAUGAAGGUCUCUCCUCGAAGCUAGAGUGACUGCCAUUCUAGUCUUCCUCGACAACGUUGUCAUCUUGCAAUCUGUGUUCUGAGAAGCUGGAUAACUGGUACAAUAGGAGGUGGCUUUGUGGAAGUUACAGUCUUACUGAUUACAUCACCUGAAUGAUCAUGCCAGAUAGCGCACUAUAUUGUGGCCUACCUGAAAUGCAGGCAAAGCCAUAUUCACCAGCCAGACAAGAAGUCAUCAUCCUAGGCUUACAGUUUGAUGGAGAGCCAGGCUCCUCACAACUGCGUUGCUGAUAAUCGCAGUUGCGAUUUCCAGUUAAAUUUGUUGAAACCACAUGACUUGUUAUUCUUAGCUAGGGAUUAGAGUGAUCAAUGUUUGUUGAGUAGAACAACUUGUUUGUGCAAAUGCCAUUAACUUGAUGCUAAAAAUGAAAUUUGGUCAAUUUUACCGGGUGUUUGAUUUCCUUGGUUUACCAUUUGAGGUAGCUGUUUAAUUCUAUAAAGCAGGUUUUUUUCAUAACUGAAUGCUUCAUAUGCGAUUAAAAAAAUAAUUAGCCGGCAUUGUUGUUUUUUGUGCGAUAGAUUAGGCAGGUAAACAGUAAACUCCAACGGAUGAACACAUUCUCGCGCACUUAAUCAAUUAUCAACACUGACAACUUACAAAGGUGUUUAACUCUUUGUCACCUAUCUAAAGUUUGCAGAUGAAUUCAGAAUCUGUUUAAGGAAGUCCAAUCAAUAUGAAGUCUUUUUUUUUUUUUUGACUGUAAUCAAUAUGAAGUCUUGACCUGCAAAAACUAACACAUGCAGAAGCUCUGCUUUACAUUCUAUAUAUUUUGAUCUGCCCAAGUAGAGUAAGCAACAAGAGAGGACAGAAACAAUUCAACAGCUAUCACAUUUCAGUAACUUGCAAUAUCUAGGCAAAACAAUUCUCAUCAAGUCAGACUUAUUACCUAUUUAUGAAUCUUGAAACAGGCGUUUCUCAAUGCCUCUGCUCUUGUCCAAGAACCGGACAGUGGAAAUGUGCUGGACUCUCAACUUGUCCUCACCCUGUAUCCGCUCCCUGAACUCAUCAUGCAUGUUCACCAGCAUCAAAUUCUGCAGUGUCAAGAGCAACUCAAUGCCAUGAGGCACCUCCUUGAGCUCAGUGUGUGCAGCUUGGGGAACCAGCCACUCCGAAAGAUGAUGCUCGCUCCAUCGUAUGCGUCUCCGAUCUGGAGUGUUUUCAGGUUGGAGAGAGAGGAGAUGGAGAUCAAUGGAUCAAUGUUCAUCCUACUGCCUGUAAGGUACAGCUCCUCGAGCUUAGCUCCAACUGUCUGAAAGAAAUUGGACUCCAUCACACUCUGAUGAAGCCUUCCGGUAAGAUGGAGUUUGCGCAAAUUCUUUGGUGGGGAGAUCAGUGCUUCAAAGCUGAUACCUUGAUUACCUUCAGCUGAAAGAACUUUCAGCGUGCGUAAAAACCGCAUCUUGCUGAUGGAUGCAAAGAGUUUGGGGUAGUGUUCUUCGGCCACAUCUUCGAUCGUUAAUGUUCUUAAUUGAGUCAUGUUCCCUAAAUGUUCAACAAGAUCCAUGUUUGCAAGAACACCCUUAAGAGUUUGCAGCUCCAUUGACUGCCAUACCACCUUUGGAGCUUCAACGCCUCUGGACUUCUCAACAAUUCCACAAUACAGUGGAGCACUCAACUUUCCUGCAAUCAUGUGCCUUAACCUCUUCAGCUUGGUGAUCCCAGUUGGCAACUUGUCUACAUUUGUAAGGUAAAUAUCAAGUGUUUGGAGAUUGAACAACUUGUCAACUGAUUGUGGCAGCUGCUUGAUCUUUGUUCUUCUCAAACCAAGGUAGCGCAAGUUAAACAAGCCUGACAAUUCUUCUGGCAGAAUUGUGAUUGAAACAUCUUGCAGCUCGAGAACAUUCAGAUACCUUGCACUUCUUGGUGUCCCCACAGAUGGAAAACAAGAACAAGUAACAUCGAAAUGGUAGAGCGAACGAAGUCGAGAAGGGUCUGAAACCGAGUUGAUUCUGUCAUUGUGCUCGUGUAUUGACAAUCAGCGACACCUGUAUUCAGGCUCACCAGGCUGUGUCAUGCAGAAGGUCUCCUUCUCUGAUAUGGAAAUGGCCAGCUCCCUCACAAUGUCAUGCAUUUGGAAUUCCUUCACCUUUCUGAAGUGCUUCCUCUCAACAACCUGUAGCAUGCAUCGGUCUAUCAGCUCAUUCAGAUGCUGCAGAACACAAAGGCAUUCUUUAGGUGGCUUGGUAAGUGUUUAUAACUCAGCUUCAGAAUCUUCAUCACCGAACUCAAUUCCUGGUCACGCAAUCUGUCGCGCAAUUCCCAGGUUAUCUGAUCAUCACACUUACUCCACUCUUCGGUAUCUUGUUUCUUGAAUGAGAGCAUGUUGCCCACGACCACAACUGCUAAUGGCAAACCAUCACACUUGCCCACAAUCUCUCUCCCCAAUGGCUCUAGUUCUGGAGGACAAGCUCUAUCCAUGUUGUUCUUGAAUGCCCACCUGCAAAAGAGACACCAAGAGUCUGCCUCAUUUAGCUUUUUCAGCUCAAGAACCUGAUCUUCGCUUGCUAAGGAGGCAACUUCUUUGAUCCGGGUCGUUAUUAUGACCUUGUUUUCAUUGCUGCUGCUUCCUACCGUGCCUGCUAGAUCCAUCCAAACAUCUGUGCACCACACAUCAUCUAGUACAAGCAAAAUUUUUCUUUGUUCUAAUGUUCUCUUCAGAAUUUCUACCAGAUCCCUACCAUCUAUGCUAUCAAUGUUGGAUGGGCACCGGCUUUGCAAGAUGUGCCGUACCAUCUUCCUCAUGAUGUCAGAGGCAUUGAACUUCUGAGACACUGUGAUCCAAACAUGGCAAUCAAACCGGUUCUUGAUUCUCUCAUCUUCAUAGAUGAUGUUGACAAGAGUGGUCUUCCCAGAUCCUCCCAUGCCCCAGACUGCGAUAACCGAUGUCAAUCUUGUUGUCGCACUUAACCAUCUGAUUAUCAUUGUUUUUUCUUGUUCAACACCCACCAUCUUAUCAGCUAGGUAGUAAGAAAGAUGAUGAGGAAGUCGGUGAUCUUCCUUGUCGGUUGAAACUCUACCGCCAUUUGGCAGCUGAAUCUCAUACUGCACCCGCAAAUUCUGGAGAUUCUGAAGGUGACAUUGCAAAUCCUUCAGGUCUCCAGCAAUCUUGUGCCAAGAAGUUUUCCCAAGUUUACGGAAGUAACUCAAGAACUCCCCAUUAAAGAACCUGCUCUUGUGCUUAACAGACAGACGAUGCUAAGACGGAUCCAAUUUUGCAUAGAACGGCGAAUACCACGCCUUGUGCCAUCUUGUUUUUAGCUGGUCUGGCACAAGGUUUGUGAAAUUGGAGAUUCUCAUUAAAUCAAAACACUGGUAUUUUGAGAAAAAAAAGUACGUUAUACUGACACAUAGCACUACAUCCAUAACAAUAUUAAGUUUUUCUUGAUAAAUAGUCCAAUAUUUUCAGAAGCAACAUAAACAUACUGGAAUUUGCAGUUAAUUAAUGUCUCUGUGUUGAAGCUUGUCCUUUUCUUUCUUUCCGUUUGGUGCACCCAAGUUGGAUUCUAUUAAAUAAAUUUUGUUAGCGUUGACUAUUUUCUUGAUGAGAUAAGCAUGUGUAUCAAAAUUGAUGACAAUAGAGGAAACACAAGGCAGAAGUAAGGUGCUCAUAUUCAUUAGAAUUAACAAACUUAUGACUGUCAAAUACUCAAUGUAAUUAAUCUUGCACAACUCUCCAGAAAUAGGUAUGCAUAAAACACAACUAGAAACUAUUCUGACACCCAAAUUGCCCCGAGUUCUUAUGUGAUUAUUACACACUUCUUUUGGUAUGAUCAUCAUGUGCUGUUAAUUUGCUUUAAACAUCAAAACUUCAACACGGAUUCUUCCAUAUUGAAUUAUCAGGUUAUUUACGCCGGGAUUUCUAUUCUAUUUGUUCCAUCAAACAGGACAGCUACACCAAAAUUUCCAUCAGGAGAGGAAUUGUUCAUCUUGUUCGUUCUUGGAAGUUGGAACAACAAUACCAAGAGAGUGAUAACUGUCUAACGCAUCAAGAUUUCUCUUUUUCUUUUUAAACCUCUGAAACAGAAAUGAUUUGACAGAGAAAUGUAACAACAUGUUGAAAGCAAAGGUGCAUACUGCUUAGUGCUUACCCCCUCUCUGGAGCCUGGCUAUCUUAGCCCUGGUUCCCUGGCGGUGGAAUCGUCUCGUCUGUGGUGGACAGCGGAGAGGAGAGCAGAGCAGAGAAGAACUGAACUGAGCUUGGGACUUCAGAGAGGCAGCUGCAGCUACUAUAUACAGAGCCCUUGUCAGUUGUCACUGUUAAGUUUGCUUUUGCUCUUUAUUAUUUUUUUCCCUCCAAAUGCAUGCAGACGCUCUUGUACAUUGGGAUGG